GCCCCGCCCCUCUUUGUUGUGCUGCCCAAUGGCAGAGGGAUAGAGCGUUGCUGGCUGGUGGGUGACAGAGGAGCAGCUACUGUCUGCCCUCCCAUAGCACCAAUGAUCAAGAGGCGGGGGCGUUGCCAACUGUUCCUAUCUUUAAUCUCCCAAGACCUGCUCACUCAGCGCAUGUCGCCGACGUUGCUACGGCAACAGGGAUGCUGAGCUGACAAAGUCAGCCGGCACUUUUUCUAACACUAACAUUGUGGCAGAGUCGCCUGAAGAACUACAAUGUUUACGACAACAAAAGGCAGAAAGUGAAAGAGAAAGACGAGCAAAAAAAUCAAAAAAAACAAAAGAAAAUGAGCGAGAUAAAAACACAAAAAGACGCAAAGCUAAGAGAGCAAGUCAAACCCCAGAUGAACGACUAAGAAUACGUCACCAAAACACCCAAAGAGAAAGAAAAAGACGAGUAAAUACAUCUAUUGAAGAAAAGGUAAAAGAUCAAAAGAAAAACACUGAAAGAAAAAGAGCUAAAAAAAAAAAUUUAACUCAUGAUGAACAACAAUCUCUACUUCAAGAACAAAACACAAACAAGAUUAACAGGAUCACAGAUAAAAUAAAUUUACAUGAAGAUGCAAAGACACUGACUCACAGAAAAAAAAAAAAAAAAAACAUAGAGAACAACAGAAAUGCUAACAAAGACAUUCAAAAACGACAGCAAGAUGCUGAAAGACAAUUAGCAAGGAGAGCAAAUAGAACUCCAGAGGAACGAAAAAUUCAAUGUCAACGACAUGCCACACUAGAAAGAGAAAGGUUAACAUAUCUGCCUCCAGAUAAACGCCAAUUACGGAAACAACAAUUAACACAGAGGAAAAGAGAAUUACGACAAAGGAAAAACAUAGAGAGGCAAAUAAUACAAAACCAAGAGUCAAGGCCUGCAAGACUAACAAUGACACUUAUGAAUGAAAUGGAGAACUUUAAUGAGGACAUCAUUAAAACACACACGUGUGGAUAUUUAGAUCACAUAUGCCACUUUUGUAGUGCAAAACAUUUUGAAUCUGAAAGACCUUCUGAUCGCAAAUUUUCACAAUGUUGUUCAAAAGGAAAAGUAAAUCUUCCCACAAUUAGUAUGAAUCCAUUAAUCCAGCAGCUCAUGACUGGACAGCAUUACUACAGCAAAAAUUUCUUCAACGAUAUCAGAUCUAUAAAUAGUGCAUUAGCAUUUGCCUCCAUGGGAGCAAACAUUACUCCACCCCCUGGCAAUGGGCCAUAUUGUUUCCGGAUCCAUGGAUCAAUUUGUCACAGAGCAGGCACACUGCAUCCAGAACAGGGACAAAACAGACUGUUUGCUCAAUUAUAUAUUUUAGAUCCUUCUGAAGCAGCAGAGCAAAGAAUGCAAAAUUCAGCAAAUAAUGGAAUAAAUCCAGAACUUAUGAAAAUACUAAGCACACUCAUUGCUCAAACAAAUCCAUUUGCAGAGGCCUGUAAAAUGUUGUACCAAGUUGAAAAAGAAUAUGAGGAGGAUGCAGCAACAACUGGAAACGUUAUUAAGGAAGUGUCCAUGACAAUAGUGCAAGAUCGUAGAAAUGACCAAAGACGCUAUAAUGCACCAAAACAUAAUGAAGUUGCUUUUAUUUUUCAAAAUGAUGAUGGCGAACCUCCACUAGAAAGAGAUCUUCUAAUACACUGCAAAGCAACUACAGAUGAUAUAAAUCAAAGAAAAACACAAAGGAUUAGUGUACUUGACCCCAAUCUGGAACCAAUGGUUUAUCCAUUACUCUUCCCUUAUGGUGAUCAAAGCUGGGGAAUUGAUAUACCUUUGCAACACAGACCUGAAGCGUUACAAAGUUUAACAAAUCAAACACAAAACCCUAGAAUUAGAGUUACACAAAUGCAAUAUUAUGGGUAUCGUCUUUCCAUCAGAGACGAUUUCAACCCCUUCUUAAAUGCUGGCCGCCUUACACAACAGUAUAUAGUUGAUGCAUAUGUCAAAACUGAAUCCAACAGACUCAACUACAUACGACUGAAUCAGCCAAAAUUGCGAGUUGAAAAAUACUCAGGAUUGAUGGACCACUUAAUUAAUGAAUCCAAUGAGAAAGGCUUCAUUCCUGGAAAAACAUAUAUUUUACCUUCCUCAUUUGCAGGUAGCCCAAGAAACAUGCUUCAACAUUAUCAAGAUGCAAUGGUAAUUGUUAGAAAAUAUGGUAAACCUGAUCUUUUUAUUACAAUGACGUGCAACCCCAAAUGGGAAGAGAUUGUUGAGAACCUACAACAUGGCCAAACUACUGAUGCUCGACCUGAUUUAGUUGCAAGAGUAUUUCAUCUAAAACUGAAAGCUUUAAUUGAUGAUCUGUGUAAAAAACAUAUUUUUGGAGUACUAAAAGCAAUUGUCUACGUAAUAGAAUUUCAGAAGAGGGGUUUACCACAUGCUCACAUACUACUUAUUCUUCAACAUGACUGGAAACCCAAAACUGAACAACUCAUAGACAAAAUUGUAUCUGCUGAGAUUCCAAAUAUCACCAACACUCCUCGCUUACAUGCAAUUGUUACAAAACAUAUGAUUCAUGGACCAUGCGGACUACUCAAUCCUAAUUCACCAUGUAUGUCAAAUGACAAAUGCACUAAGGAAUUUCCAAAACCAUUUCAAGAAAAAACGUCCGCAAAUACAAAUGGUUAUCCAAAAUAUAGAAGAAGAAACACAAACAACAUGACAAUUGUCAAUGGCAGGACAAUAGAUAACCAUUGGGUUGUACCAUAUAAUCCACAUCUUGCCCUCAAGUACAAUUGCCACAUUAAUGUUGAAGUCUGCGCUUCCAUAAAAAGGGUCAAAUACCUUUUUAAAUAUGUGUACAAAGGUCAUGAUUGUGCAAAUGUUGUUAUUCAAGAACAAGGCACUUUAAAUCAUGAUGAAAUUAAGACCUUCAUGGAUUCCAGAUAUAUCAGCGCUCCAGAAGCAGCAUGGCGUUUAAAUGGGUUUGAAAUGCAUUACCAAUCACAUACCAUAUAUAGGUUACCAGUGCAUUUACCUGAUGAACAAUCUGUAUUUUUCAAUCCAAAUGACAUUAAUACAGCCACCCAGAGAGCUUCAGUAAAAAAUACUCAAUUGACGGCUUGGUUUAAAUUAAAUCAAGAGCAAGAGCAAGCAAGGAAUCUUUUAUAUUCAGACAUUCCUGUACACUAUGUAUUUGACUCUAAAACCUGUACAUGGAAAUUACGACAGCGGGGUGCAGACAAAAUCAUUGGAAGAAUGUAUUCUGUCAAUUUAUCAUCAGAUCCAGAACGCUACUGCAUGCGUCUCCUAUUGCUACAUGUUCCCGGUGCAAUAUCAUUUCAAGAUAUGAGAACUGUCAAUAGAAAUAUCUAUCUCAGUUUCCAAGAUGCUGCGAAAGAAAGAGGCCUCAUCAAUGAUGAUCAAGUGUGGGAGAACACUUUAGAAGAUGCUAUCCAAUACAGCAUGCCAAAACAACUAAGAGAGCUAUUUGCGUACAUUUGUGUAUUUGCCUCCCUACAGAACAUAAAUGAUCUUUUUGUAAAAUAUGAACAGUACCUCACCGAAGAUAUUGUUCAAAAACAUAUCAAUCACAACGAUGAAUGCACAAUAUGCCGUUCUAUCGCGUUACAGGAAAUAUCUAACAUUCUACUACUCCAUGGGAAAAAAUGUGAAGAUUUCGGAUUACCACCUAUACUACCAAAUUCAAACUUACUUGCAGAUAACUAUAACCAGGUCUUUCAAAAACAAAAAGCGGAAGAAAUGACAAGUACAUUAAACAAAGAACAAAAAACAGCUUUACAAACAAUAUUACAAGCAACUGAAAAUGACAACCUUAACAAACAUUGUUUUUUCAUAGAUGGACCAGGAGGUAGUGGUAAAACUUAUCUUUACAAAACCCUGCUCAGCACAGUUCGUGGCCAAGGAAAUAUUGCACUACCUGUAGCUUCCACAGGUAUAGCAGCCAAUCUUCUUGAGGGUGGAAGAACAUACCACUCCCAAUUCAAGUUACCUGUGCCUAUAGUUGAGAAUACAACAUCAAAUAUACGACUCAAUUCUGUGGAUGCUGAACGUUUAAGACAUUCAAAAUUAGUAAUUUGGGAUGAAUGUACUAUGGCCCCCUCUGUAGCUCUUGCAAUGGUUAACAGACUGCUCCAAGAAAUAAUGGACAACAACAAACCGUUUGGAGGAAAAGUAUUCUUACUUGGAGGAGAUUUUAGGCAAACACUUCCCGUGCUACCUCACGGUGACCGGACAAAAAUUGUUGAGGCCUGUGUUAAGAAUAAUAGACUGUGGACUAAUUUCCAAGUACUUCAACUGAAAAACAAUAUACGCUCAGUUAACACUGAUUUCAGCAAUUGGCUGAUCAAAGUUGGCAGUGGUGAUACACCACACAUUGACGGUUUACCUGAAGAUGCAAUUGAAAUACCUUCCCACAUUUUAUGCACAGGAGAUAUUGUCAAAGACUUUUUUGGAGACAACAUUUCUAUUACAGAUGUCUCUAACUUUACAAAAAAAUCUAUUCUUUGUCCAAAAAACUCUGAUGUCAACUCAAUAAAUGAAGAGGUGCUUAACAUUUUACAAGGAGAGACAGUGACAUACCUCAGCUCAAACUCAAUUGAUGACUCAAGUGAGGAAGAUAUUCAAAACUAUCCAAUUGAGUUCUUCAAUGAAUUAACCCCAACAGGUAUGCCUAGGCAUAAACUCAACCUUAAAGAGAUCGCUAUAAUUAUGCUCCUUAGAAAUCUAAACACUACGAAAGGAUUGUGCAAUGGCACCCGUCUCAUCGUCAAACAACUUAAAAAGAACCUCAUCAUUGCUCAAGUAAUAACAGGUUCAGCGGAAGGAAACAUAGUCUUCAUUCCCCGUAUUCAUUUGGCUCCAUCAACAACUGAUUUACCGUUUAUCUUACGAAGACGACAAUUUCCAGUAACAUUAGCCUUUGCCAUGACAAUUAACAAAUCUCAGGGCCAAACGUUCGAUAAAGUUGGCAUUUACUUGCCAGAACCUGUAUUCAGCCAUGGUCAGUUAUAUGUUGCAUUGUCAAGAGUACGGAGUUUCACUGAUGUCAUGGUGAAGGUCGUAGAAGGUCAUCACCAAGGCAAACUGUUGGAAAACUGUGACAAAAUAUUCACAAGGAAUGUUGUCUAUAAAGAAAUUUUAUAG